UGCAGAUGGAGUGCAUUUAGAAGCUAAAUUUAGUGUAUAUCUUACUUCUUUUCCUUUUGUAAACACUAAUCUUCCACCAUUAGUUUCCUGAUGUUUCCAUUUUGACAACCUAAGAGAAGUGAGUAACACUUUGUUCUUUUACAAUGAGCAUUCUAGGCAUAACAAGUUGAGUGGAUUUGUAUCUGUGAGACAAGAUAUAGUUUUCAUAGAUUUAAAAUAACUUCAACUCAAACUUACCUGAGGAGACCUUCCUUCUUGAUAUGGAUUUUGAACAACUCUUUAAACAGCACAAAGUUGAUUUAUGAUUCUCUAAUAUCUCCCUUUUAAGAUUUCUGAUCUGAAUAAGGAUAGCAUGGAGACACAUAAAAGUUUUAAAAUUGAGAAGAGGGUUAAUCUAUGUUCUGAAUUUACCUUUCGUAAAACUGAAAUUAGAGGGGAUAAAAUGCCACUGAUGAAAAUUUCUGCCUAUCUCCAUUCACUACCACUAAUUACUUCGAAAUUAUUACCUGACAGAAAUCAUACGGUAAUGAAAGUUUGUAGUUGUUAUUGGGGAUUUAUAUAAAUAUUUGCAACCAUCUGGCAUUUCAAGCUAUAACAAUACAAUACCCCUAUCGAAGAAAAGUUGGAUUCAACCAGUGUUUUUCACUUAGGUCUCAAAGGUGACACUUUUGCCACAAAGAGGGGAAUUUGAACCUAAAAAUUCUCAGAAGAUAUAUCAAUUAAUAGAUCGCUAAUAUAGCCUUAUCAAUAUGAACUUGGGGCCUAAAAUCUUCCCUUUCUGUGAGGGGAAUACCGGAGCCUGAAUUUUGGCAAAGGGAGAAAAGUCUUGUCUGGCAGUGAACUCAAGCGACUCUGAAAGUCUCAUCCACAAAAAUCCAGAGACUUCCAAGUAGGAAAAUAGAGCAUGGUGAAAAAUAUCCAAACAUCUAGAACAUUUAAAUUCCUGCUUUGAGGAAGUUUAGCUUUCCUAUUGCUUUUGAUAUGACUUAGUGACUGAAGGCAUUUCACACACUUUUUGUGAAUAUUUCUAUCACGAUUCUAGUAAGCUCCACCUAGUUCAGAAAUACUCCCAGAUUUGGGAACUAGAAGUGAUAGUAGAGGUUUAUCGUUGAGUAAACGAAUACAUCUCUAAUUACCCUAUUUGCACACUUCUUGCUGUAAGGAACAUCUGAUGGUCCAUGCUAUUUUGUCUGGAAUUCUUGGUAAAUCAGUACUUUUGGGAAAUGAAACGGUGUUAUAAGAAAUUAGACUUGCUAAGUUUGGUGAUUAUAACAUCAAGGAGCAUUAUUAGCACCGAAGUAUCAAUCUUUUCUAGAUUAUAAGCUACCAAUGCACACUUCCAGGCCUUGAACUGUACUAUUCGACUCUUCGUUCAUUAUGAAAAUCA